GCACCGUUUACUAUCAGAAAAAGUAGGACAGGUUUGCUGGUGUUAUCCAGAAGCUGAGGAUGUGUGUUUAUUGUUACCAAAAUGUAAUAUUUUAAUCGCAACACUAGCUUAAUAGCCAUCCAAAUAUGGCUGAGUUGCGCGAACAAGGAUACUGGCGGUCGGACUGCGACUAAUGGUGCCUCUCUCCCCAGCCUUACCCUCCCCAGCUUGCCUUGCACCAGAGGAGCUGCCGAGCACAAGAUGCUGCUGAAGAUGCCUCAGAAGCUGCUGAAGACUGCCCAUUACAUAGAGCUGGGCAGCUACCAGCACUGGCCGGUGUUGAUACCUCAGAGGAUAAGACUGUACACCUACGAACAAAUCCCCCUGUUUCUCAAAGAAAACCCCUACAUCACAGAUGGCUACAGGGCCCACCUGCCCUCCAAACUCUGCCUGAGGAGUAUUUUUAUGCUGUCCAAUGAGACUGUGAACAUCUGGAGCCACCUUCUGGGUUUCCUGCUCUUCUUCUCUUUGGGGGUCAACGACCUCUCCACAGUACUGCCAGCAUCCGGAGCGAACAGAGAGGACUACGUCAUCUACGCUAUAGGACUGUUCUGCUUCCAGGUGUGCAUGUUGUGCUCUGUGGGGUACCACCUGUUUUCAUGCCACCGAUCAGAGAAGACUUGCCGUCGCUGGCUGUCGCUGGACUAUGCAGGCAUCUCUGUUGGCAUCCUGGGCUGUUACGUACCUGGGCUCUUCUAUGCUUUCUACUGUAACGCUUUUUGGCGACAGGUCUACCUGCUGACAGUGCUGUCCCUAAUCCUGGCCGUCUUCUGUGCUCAAGUCCACCCUCAUUACCUCAGCAACGAGUGGCGACGGAUACGAAUGGCGAUCUUCUGCUGUGUGGCUGGCAUCAGCGUGGUGCCUGCAUGCCACUGGGUCUGGCUCAACGGAGGAUACACCACUGAUGUUGUGAAGCUGUUCCUGCCUCGUGUGAUAGUGAUGUACCUGAUUGCUGGAUCUGCCUUUUUGUUCUACGUCACCAAGAUACCAGAACGCUAUUUCCCUGGCCAGAUGAACUACCUUGGCGCCAGCCACCAGCUGUGGCACAUACUGGUGGUGGUGAUGUUUUACUGGUGGCAUCAGACAGCUGUACACAUCAUGCGCUUCAGGCACAGCCAGUCCUGCCCGACCCGGACCAGCAGCAGCAGCUAAGUUAAACUGAUCACAUAAUGUUACAGAAAGGCAAUCAUUAACUCACUAUGUUAAUAUUUAAAGACUUCUUACCAGUUAGCUGCUGGUUAGAAGGUGCUGCCUAAAGGUUUUUCAACCACUAACUACCAGACACUCCUGACUAUUAGGUGUAAAACUCACGGUAGCUAGUAUCUUUAACUGAGCUGCUGGUUACUGUUUGGCUCAUGUUAAAAGUCUGCUGUCUCCAACAGUAGAUAUAAGCUAAGUGCUACUGUAAAUCUUCUCUCUUAACCACCAUAACCAUUAAGAAUGAUGCAUGAAACAGGAACUAAUUCGUAGAAACAGACUAAGCUUGGUGUUUUUAAUCAGUGAUCAUGUCAUCUCAUGAUUGAUUGUAAUAUUUGUGUACAGAAGCAUUGAAAAAAUAUCCAGACAGAUUCUUUUGAAUCAAAUAUUUUAGCAUGUGUGAACAAUGCCUUUUUUUGCAUCUGAUUUUGUUCUAUGAGUUCCUACAAGAUUAGAUUGUAUGAAAUGUAUUGAUCAAAGGUAGAAAACGCAGAACAAAGACAUGAUUGGAAAUUCCACAUAUGGACACUGUGAACUAUGUCUCUGGGAGGAAUGACGUCUCCACACUUGAGCAUUUGAACAAAUAAUUAAAGGCCAAGCAACGAUCAAUAUGCAAUAUCUAAGAAAAAAUGUGGGAACCAUAUUGAGGUUGUAGUGAUUUCUUUUCUUAGCACUGCUUCAUUUGUGGUUUGUUGUUGUUUUUGGUGUGUACUGUUUUGCCUUUGGAACACAUAAGGUGGCAGUUUUGAAAAUAGAAUAUUUAAAGGAAUACUUCACUCACAAAAUGGCAGUUGGUGUAUCAGUUACACAGCCUGUGUUACAUUGAAUUCAUGAAGGAAAUUGUUGUUUUUCUCGCAUGCCUUUUACGAUGAACGAAGAACCCAAAAAACAGAAAAUGCUUGAUGAAUUAAAGUAAUGGGGGUCCAUGUAUAACAACAGCAAAACCAUAUCAGAACAUCCGUUUACAAACUCUCACACAACUCAUGCAGUAUAACCCAAGUCUCAUUUAUCUAGUUGUAUGCUUAGUACUUCCCAGACACAAGCUUUUUCGCUUUAAAUCUUAGCAUUAAAACACGUACAGCCCUUAUUAAACACUUAUUUAUCACUUAUUAAAAACACUGCAUUAACAGACUGGCAGGUGAGUGACUAGCCUUAGCAAGAGUGUGCGUUUUAACUCGUUUUAAGUUCAAAUGCAUGCUUUUCCUGGUGCGCUACUCGUACGUGGAAGUGUUUUAAAAAUAAGGUUUUAGUUAAAGUACAUGUGUUUGGGAAGUACCAAGCAUUAGGGCUGUCACUUUUUAUUCAAGUUUCAGACAUUCGUUUGGACAUGAGGUGAAAAGUUCAUGUUCGAGCUGUAAUUACCUGUUCGAAAUGUCGGCUGCAGUCUCUACAGGUGCAUCAGACAAUUUGAUGUACUUUGCCUUGUGAUCCAACAGAGGGCGCUCUAAGAAUUCACUGUCAUGUUGACCUAUUGCAUGCCCUACUUGCCUAUCACUAAACGAAGCUAAUGUUAUUGUGUUGUUUUGCUACGAAAAUGGAGGACAAUAGCGAGCAAAGCCGCCCUGAACGGACAAUCACGACUCGAAUUUAUUCGAACAAAUUACGGGUCAUUUUAAAUGCGUUCGACCUUGAUUUUUUUGGAAAAAGCGACAGCUCUAGUGAGCAUACAAGGGGAUAAACGCGACAGCAUGAGUACUGUGAGAGGUUGUAAACUGUUUUUAAAUGUGGCUCCCUAUGACUUCAAUUCAGCAAGAAUUUUCUCUGUUUUUGGAUUUUUCAUUCAUCAUGAAGGCAUGUGAGAAAAAAUAAUGUUUUCUUGAUGAAUUUAAUGUAACACUAGAUGAUUAACUGAUAUACAAACUGUCAUUUUGUGGGGGAAGUAUUCCUUUAAUAACUCGUUACAGUUGCCAAAGCCAGUAUGUUACUGGAGGGCUGCACCAGGCAAGAUGUCAUAUCAGCCUAAACACCAGAGCAACAGAGUUAAACAACAUGUUGUACAAUCACCCGUUUGCUUUAAUUGUCAUUAUUAGAGCACUGGAUUUAAUCGUGUGAGUAAACAGGAUGUGUCCUCAAGAGGCAAGUGAUUUAAAUUUCCUGACUAAUUAACUGUGGCUAGAUCCAUUAUCUCCAUCUCCACAAGACAUCAUGCUGCAUGAUUUUGGUGUCAGCAAUGUGUUAAAUCUUUACUUCUUUGCCCACUUCAGCUUCCACUUGUAAAAAAUAAGUGUAAACGGUGACAUUAAGAGGAUAUUUCCUUAAAUUUGAUAAAGUGGAAUACAAUUCUGGCCAGUAGACAUGCACUUGACCUUCACUUACCUUCACUGGUAUGCACAUGGUUUUGAUUUUAUGCUCUCUGUGAUUCAUGCCACCUCUCCAAUACAAUGGAGGUGAAUGGAAAUUCAUUUUUGGAGCACAUGGCAUUAAAAAAUGACAUUUAAAAAAAUAUAUAUUCUAGCAGGUUUUUAGGGACUAUUGUAUGUUUUUGUCCGAAAGUUGUUCAUAAAUCUGAGCCAGUAAAACCAAGACUAUCUAAAAAUGUUUAUUGUAAUUUGGAUGAAAUGACCCUUGAACUGCAACUGCAGACAGACGAUGAAGAGAACAAAAAGGCAUUUAUGCUGACAGUCCAGUGAGCGGUAGCACUUACAGUAAGCUCUCACUGAUUGGCUGUUAAGGCAGGUUGCUAUUAGUGAUUAUCAGACGUCACCACUGCAGCCGUUUUAUCAUAAACUAUCAUAAACUAUCACAAAGGCUGGGUGUCGUCGUUAUUAUUGAUUGUUUGAACAAGGCCAGUGUACAAUGUUUAUUCCACGGCACACUUUGGGAGAUAUUUUAAUGUUUAGUAUUUUAUUUUUACAUGAUUCCAAUUAUGUUUGUACUUCAUUUGCCUUAUUAUCCUCAAGUAUUUGUACUGUAAAAGCACUAUCUGUUAAAAUCUGUUUUGGGUCUUGAAUUGAACAUAAACCAGAACAAAAAAAUGAUCAAA